AUGGUGACGAUAUCGAAGAGAAGCAAAAAGAAGAAGAAGAAGAAGAAGAAGAAGAAGAAGAAGAAGAAGAAGAAAUCUGCCUACUCGAAAGUAGAAGUAAAUAACCACCUCCCACCUACUUCAUUUCACUUCACUUUAUUAAUCAAACUCAACCCCAAAACUGAAGUAAAUAAAAUAACAUAA